AUGACACACGCUCUUUCACUCGAGGAUCUACUCGCAGAUGUCGAAGCUGAGAACUUUGAAAGAGCGCCACUAUCAUUCGUUCCUCCAACAUUACGUGGCUAUAAUAUGAUCUGGAAACUUUGGGAGAAUCGGCUGGCAAAGUCGAUAUCUCAGCCUGUACGUGGCGCCGGCUACGAACCUUUAAUCUUUGAUUGGAGAGCUGAUGAGAUUAAAGCGCAUUCGAUGGAGCUGGGUGGUGAUUAUACACUAACUUGA